AUCGUGGAGGUGAUCAGCCGACGGAACGGGGGCACCCUCUCCCGGCACGCCUCCCUGCCCACCCAGCGCCAGCAGCAGCCUUCCAGAGCCCCCCUCACCUGCAGCCUAAGCUCCGCCCCUCAGACCGACGACUCCUACACCUUGUACGCCCCCCCCACCCACGUGGUGCUGCCGCUAGCCAACGGCCUCAACACCACAGGUUUGUCUCCGAGCCGCCUGUCUCAGUCCAGGUGUCCCUUCCAGGACAUCUGGGUCCUCAGGGACUCGUGUCAUGCUGGAGACAGGAACAGCGUCGGCAGCACCGGCAGCGUCGGCAGCACCCGGAGCGCCGGCAGCGGUCAGAGCACCGAGAGCAACAGCACCCCCAACGGAGUCCAACACAACACCAGUCACAAUGACAUCGCCAGCACCAAGCCGGCGCCCUCUGCUGGUGACUCUGGGAACUCAGACUGCAUCAAACAGCCUGAUCAUCCUGCAGGUGGGACUCCUCGGAGGCACACGGUGACGGUGCAGCGACCUGCAGAGCAGAGUUUCUCUCAGCAGUUUGUUCGUCCUCAUCAGCUGCUGGAGGGGAAGGAUGCUGAGGCCAUCUACCAGUGGCUCAGUGAGUUCCAGCUGGAUCAGUAUAUUGGGAAUUUCAUCAAUGCUGGUUACGACGUUCCCACCAUCAGCAGGAUGACUCCCGAGGAUCUGACUGCCAUCGGAGUGACCAAACCAGGCCACCGCAAGAAGAUCUCCAUCGAGAUCAACAACCUGAACAUCCCCGAGUGGCUGCCUGAAUACAUCCCAUCCGAUCUGGGCGAGUGGCUCAGUGCCAUCGGCCUCCCACAGUACCACAAGAAGCUCUCAGAGAACGGCUACGACUCCAUGAGCAUCGUCAAAGACCUCAUGUGGGAGGAUCUGCAGGAGAUCGGCAUCAUCAAGCUGGGCCACCAGAAGAAGCUGAUGCUGGCGGUGAAGAAGCUGUGUGACAUCCAGAGGGCGAUCCUUCAGGCCGAAUCAGGCCAUGGCACGCUGCAUCGCAAAGCCCCCAGAGCCCUCCACCUGGUCGCCAUCGAGCCGCCUGACUCGGCAGGUGAGUGCUCUUCUCCUCACACCCCAAAGAUGCUGACCUUCCAGGACAGCGAGCUGAGCGCCGAGCUGCAGACGGCCAUGUGCAGCCACUACGGAGGCUGCGAGGAAGACUUGGCCAUCAAGACCGCCGUGGGAAUGUCCCAGAGCCAGGAGAGCAUCGACGCACGGUCCAGAGGCUCCGGGCGCUCCCAGGAGCCUCCAACAGCUUCCAUAUCCCCGCACAGCUGGUCCCAGGAGAGCCUGGAAGGCAGCCCCGCCAAGGAUAGGAACCUCCCAGAGGACUGGGACCAGAGGCCUCUGCAGCAGCAGCCGCUGGCCAAGCAGGUGCCUCUGGGCACGGCAACCGUGUUUAAGUACCCGACAAUCCCAGCCAAGCCCAAACUGUGUGGCUCUCGAGGUCCGUCCCCUCAUGGCUCCCCAGCGCUGAAGGGUUUCAGCUACCUGCAUUCUCAUUGUGGCUCCACGGACCUGAGCUCAUCGCCCAGGUGCGAGAAUCACAGCAUGACCCUGAUGCCGCCCAAGAAGCGUGCCCAGGGCGUGACCCGCUACGCCCUGUCGGAUGGAGAGCCCGACGAGGACGACGAGGAGCCGGCGUAUCAUUGUGGAAACCUCUCGUCCUACGCCACCUUGACCCGCAAACCCGGGCGCAGCCAGCUGGCUCGAUUACAGUCGAGUCCGGAGAAGAGCGGCAAUGUGGGACGCAGUCAGUCCUUCGCAGUGCGCGCCCGGAAAAAAGGUCCCCCACCUCCUCCUCCCAAGAGACUGAGCUCAGUGAGCAGCACCACCAGCGGGGAGCUUAGCGACAGCAGCACAACGUCGUCUUUUGGCGGUGCGAUAACAGACAGUCCAGUGAGCGUGAGGAGCAUCGCAGCCUCUCUGGAAGGCAAGACUGAGGGGAAGAACUCCCCAGGACCUAAACCAGUCCGAGUCCAGCACGAGCCGCCACCUUCCCCCUCCCUCAACCCUGCAGGACAGGAGCCCAGAGAUGCUGUCACGGUGAGGAGGAGGGUGCAGAGCGAAUGUAUUCCCACCCACACCGGCAGCAGCAGCACCGAGCCAGAACGAGGGGUAAAGUCCGAAUCUGAGGAAGAAGAAUCAAAAGGUCGCGGACUGGAGGGCUCAUCAUCCUCUCAGAACGGCUCCAGCGAGUGCAUCCCCUUCGCCGAGGAGGGCAACUUGACUAUCAAACAGAGGCCGAAAGCUCCGGGGCCACCCAGGGCUGAGGCGGUGCUGGAGCCUCCAGAGAAACAAGCCGCCAAGAGCCAGGAGGAGGUGCCCGAGUUUAACCUGAAGGAGUCGGACACAGUGAAGCGCCGUCACAAACCCAGAGACAAGGAGCAGGGAGGAAGCUCCCCCUGCAGAGAGGGAGCGGGGGAAGAGUCCGGCAGUAGCAGGCCUCCAUCCCUGAGCCGGGAUGAGGUCAGUCUGAGGAUCAGUGAGGUCGGUCUGGAGAGGCCGGCCAGUCAGGCAACGGGAUCCCCCAUCAAACCUCCACUCUCCCCAAAACCUGCCGUCGCCCCAAAACCAGUCCGUCACAGUCUGCUGACAGCACAAGCUGGCCUCUCCUGUCCAUCGGUGACCAUCAGUGUGGUUCAAAGUGUGGCCUUCACCUCUCCGUCCUCUCCCGUUUACGGGCCCCGAGCUCCGUCUCCUCAGGCCCCUCAGAGUCCCUUUCUGACAGCAGCGAGGCCCCAGGUCUGCGUGGUGGGUCCGGGUAGCGUUCCCGAGUCGCCCUGUGGGACCGAGGUGGUUCAGCAGAGACUGGAUCAGACCAGCACGUCUCUGGAAGCGGCUCUGAAGGCUGUGGAGAGAAAACUGGAGGACAACUCAGACGGUGGAUCCAACACAGUGAAGUCCGCCGGCACGAUUCUGGACGACAUCGGCAACAUGUUUGACGACCUCGCCGACCAGCUGGACGCCAUGUUGGAGUGAAGACAAACGUUCUCCCUCAAACUCAGGAAGAGUAACAAGAGGAGAAGAAGACGCUUCUACACCAGCACUGAAGUCUCUGCUUCAAGGUUUCAAGUCCAGCUGGAAACUUUUUGUGUCAUCGUUGUUUUAUUGAAACCAAACUAAAGUUGGACCAGAAACAUUAUUCCGAUUAUUGUUAAACUCUAAUAUUGUUACAUGAAGUUUAUCUUUAUGACGCGAGAGAGAGCCGAAUUCCUGACGUCAGUUUUAAGACCUGUAGAAGUACACAUCGGAGGUACUUGUACAUUUUCUUCUACUUUAUACUCCUACUAGACUACUACUAUCUGAGAGCUAGAUAUUGUACUUUGUACUCUACUACAUCUCAGAGGUACAUGUAGUACUUUUUACUGAUAUUUUUACAUGUUCAGAUUAUUAAUCCACUAAUAAAUGAUGAUAUAAUAUUAUAGAUUAUAUAAAAGCUCCUCCUUUAAAGUGACGAACACGUUAAUGCAUCAAUAAUAAUAAUAUAUAUAAUAUUCUGCAUGAGUACUUUUACUUUUUGUACUUACAGUAUAUU